AUGUCCAGGUUUGCAACUAUUAAAAGAGACACAAACGAGACAAAAAUCCAAAUAGCUCUCUCUUUGGAUGGUGGCCAUAUUGCUGUCGAACAGUCCAUCUUCCCAGACAAGGUCAACGAUGAGCAUGCUACACAGCUGAGUCUGGCGCAAGUGAUUCUGGUUCAAACCGGUAUUGGUUUCUUGGACCACAUGUUGCACGCUUUGGCGAAACACUCAGGCUGGUCUCUUAUCGUGGAAUGUAUUGGUGAUUUGCACAUUGAUGACCACCAUACCGCCGAAGAUGUUGGUAUUACCUUGGGUCUCACAUUCCACAAAGCCUUGGGCCAGGUCAAGGGUGUCAAAAGAUUCGGUUCCGGGUUUGCUCCUCUAGAUGAGGCCUUGAGCCGAGCUGUUGUUGACUUGUCAAACAGACCUUAUGCUGUCAUUGAGUUGGGUUUGAAGAGAGAGAAGAUUGGUGACUUGUCUUGCGAGAUGAUCCCACAUGUCCUCGAAAGUUUUGCUCAAGGUGCUGCUAUUACAAUUCACGUUGACUGUUUGAGAGGAUUCAACGACCACCACAGAGCUGAAAGUGCUUUCAAAGCCUUGGCCGUGGCGAUGAAGGAAGCUAUAAGCAAGACCGGUUCAAACGAUGUUCCAAGCACAAAGGGUGUCUUGUUUUAG